GUAGAAAGGGGCUAGCAUUGCCCUGAUUAUAACUAUGAGAAUGUUUCACACGGGCGGAAGCAGUCUUGGGUGUCAAUCCGAGCCUGGGUCGUUUCCUUGCUCUAGGCUGGCCGGCAAGCAUACUAAGCGGCAUGAUAGUCCUACUCACCAGAUUUUCGUUCUUCCCAUCUUUGGCGAGAUAUUUGCCAACACGAGCUUCAAGGAUGCUUCAGGCAGCCUUAGAAAUGGAUGGUAUGCGUCUAGUCUUUACGGGUUUCUUGCUCUGGCUCUCAUUAUCAUCGACGGACCGGACGAAUUUCUCUGGUGCCAUGUUGCCGGGUCUUGCCAGGGCAUCAUCAUCUGGUAUAUAUUCUUACUGCUUUCUGCUGCGUUGGUAGUCUGUUAGAGCUGUGACAGACGAACCAGGUG